AUGAAGACGAUUCCAAAAGAUGAAAUUGAAGUCCUGAACCAGGAGAUUGACGACGAAACCGGACAGUACCGCAUCCGUGCCAGGAACAGAGUACACUACCUCACCAUUCCAACAAGCGUCUUUGACGACAACUCCAUAUGUCGGCCGUACCUCCUCAUCCCACAACUCCCCGAGUUCCCAGACUACCAGUGGACCACCAUGCAAAUCAGUCGAGACGACGCAGGAUUGAAAACUACCUUGUCGUCGGAACCACUGCCAGAGAUCCAAGCCAUAUGGUAUCCAAAGCGCAUAGAUAUUCUGUCCUUGGUCAGACGAUUAAAAGACGCGCGGCGGUCAUCUCCGUGGUUGGGCACCUCAUGA